UCAGUUUGCCUUUGUUUCCCGGCUGGGUGAGACACAUAUUGACGGAAGCAUUGUCGUUUACCACGCGAAACCUCAUCACCCAAGCCAGAGCAAACCUGUGAUUUGAGUGAGUAACCGGUGUGUGCGUGUAUGUGUGGACCUAUCUGUCUGUACUGCACCUUACCGCGAUUUAUCGAGUCUCAUUCAAGUUGAAAACCACGUCGUGAAAUCCGCAUCGUGUUUGCUGUUUCCUCUGGUUUUCUGGUUCUGCAGCAAACUCCCUUCUUCCUCCCUUGUCGUAUCGUGAACGAAGGUAAACCGGACCGUGGAAACAAGUCGCGUCGGUGGAUCGCAGUACUCUUGAAGAGGGGUGGAGAACGGAAUUCUGGAAAACGCGCGCACAAUCUCCUUUUGCCCACCAUAGUUAGUUUCAUACAAAAGGGAAGAAGAAGUGAAGAAAGGCAAACAGUGAUACACACAGCUCAGGAGAGCAUCAGCGACGAAGAAGUGAAGUGUUGUUUGUGUGUGUGCGCCUAUAUGUGCAAAGUGAGUGUGUCCGCCAAGGGCGAGAAGCACAAGAAUUACAGGCAAAUAAAAGGUCGCAAUAACAACAGUGGUGGCAACAGAGGUAACAGGGGCAGAAGAGAAGGUAGCAGGAAUAUGAAGCACGGCAAUACCCUCUGGUAGCAGAAACGACACAACUGCAAGACCAGCGACAAAAAGGCGAAAGAGCGAAUUAAGCUGUCAUCAUGAAGGAUACCGUGCGCCGAAAAUAACCUUCCUCAACGCUAGCCAUAGAACAAAACCUUUAAUGUACCCAACUUCUCUCGCCUAAUCACUGAAAACACACAUACUAGCAAGCACAAAAUAUGACAUGCAAGGAACACCGAUGCAAACGGGGCUACUGAUGACCGUUUGCAAAAGAAACGUGAAUUGAUAGACGGAAUCUAAGUUGUGUUUUGAGCCGGUGAAACCGACGAAUAAACCGUAACCAUACCCAACGCGUCUGUGAAUAAAACAAAUUGUUCUGUUAGAUGAUAAGAGUUACUACUAUUUAGUCAUUUAUAAAUACGCGUACAUUUCCUAUUAUAAGUUAGAGCGUGUGCUGUGUUUAGAUUUAGCGAAAAGUUCUAAUCAUACAAGUGUAACGUUCCAGUAGCUCUCUGGACGUUUUCCUAGCGAAAAAACACCAUCUGUAUAUGAGCGAUACGGAAAACAACACCAGUGUCGAAACAGUGUACAGCAACAAGUUGUGAGCCGGUGCAAAAACCUACUCCCACUGAAUAAGGAAUAGAAACCCCCGCCAAAAUACGUCAACAAUGUUGCCGAAGCGUUCACGUUUAGGCGAUGUACGCGGUCCUAUCUCAAACGGGCCGAUGCAGUCGCGGCCGCUGGUUGCACUGCUGGACGGUCGGGAUUGUUCGAUCGAGAUGCCGAUCCUCAAGGAUGUCGCCACAGUAGCGUUCUGCGACGCACAGAGCACAUCGGAGAUUCAUGAGAAAGUAUUAAAUGAAGCUGUAGGAGCACUGAUGUGGCACACAAUCAUCCUCACGAAAGAAGAUCUGGAAAAGUUCAAAGCGCUGCGGAUAAUAGUUCGCAUUGGAAGCGGGGUGGACAACAUCGACGUGAAGGCCGCCGGCGAGCUGGGAAUCGCCGUGUGCAACGUACCCGGUUACGGUGUCGAAGAAGUCGCCGAUACCACCAUGUGUCUGAUACUGAACCUCUACCGGCGAACGUAUUGGCUUGCGAACAUGGUUCGGGAAGGCAAGAAAUUCACAGGUCCUGAACAAGUGCGGGACGCGGCACAGGGUUGUGCAAGAAUACGAGGAGACACCUUGGGACUAGUUGGUCUUGGCAGAAUAGGCAGUGCGGUGGCUCUACGAGCGAAAGUGUUCGGUUUCAACGUGAGUUUCUACGAUCCGUACUUGCCGGAUGGCAUAGAAAAAUCCCUUGGCCUGAACCGAGUGUAUACCCUGCAAGAGCUACUAUUCCACUCAGACUGUGUGUCGCUACAUUGUACAUUAAAUGAACAUAAUCAUCACUUAAUUAACGAGUUCACGAUUAAACAGAUGAGACCCGGUGCAUUUCUAGUGAACACAGCCCGCGGUGGCUUGGUCGAUGACGAAGCGCUUGCCCAUGCGCUGAAACAAGGCCGAAUUCGGGCGGCUGCAUUAGAUGUUCAUGAGAAUGAGCCAUACAAUGUAUUUCAGGGUGCCCUGAAAGAUGCCCCUAAUCUGCUGUGUACGCCACACGCCGCCUUUUACAGUGAAGCGGCCACGACUGAGCUGCGUGAGAUGGCUGCCAGUGAAAUUCGACGGGCAAUUAUCGGCAAUAUUCCGGAUUGUCUACGGAACUGCGUAAACAAGGAAUACUUCCUGCGAUCGUCGACAGGCGGUGGCGCCGGAGGAUACUCAGAAGAUAAAAAACUUAUAGCUGGUAUAAAUGGCGGCUAUUAUUCAGGUGGAUUGCAACAAGCACAUAGUACAACACCGCUCGAGGCACCGCACAGUGCUGGAUCACACGGGCCGCCCAGUGGUCCCCCACCACCGUCAGUCGCCGUACCACCUGUCUCCGCUCUCACAGCACCACCACCACAAGGUAUACAACAUUCUAUGGUCAGCAAAUCGCCUCUUAGUGCCCCCGAUCCAAGUAAUCAUCAUUCGGUUAAGCCGGAAUCAUCGGAAGUACAUUAGUUUCAUUAUUAUUAUUACGUAUGGCUUAUUAUUAAUUAUAAAUAUGAGACAAAUUGAAAAAUCGAGAGAGCAAAGGCAAAACAAAAAAAACAUGCGAUUUUUUUUUAAUUGAGCAUUAGUAAGGAAAGCAAAAUGCAAAUGAGAGACGAAACAAAACAAAUAAUAAAAAAAAAAACAACGGCAGAAUUAUAUAUUGAAAAGUAAGAGCAAACAGUGGGGAACGAUAAUAAUUAAAAUGGUAAACAGUAAAAAAAGAAAAUGUGAGAAAUGCUUAUUAGUAAGAUGUGAGAAGUUACUGCAAAAGUAUAAACAGAAAAACAGAGGAAAAAUAAUACAGAAUAGUUUUGCGUAAGAGAAACUAUGUAUAGAGAUACUACUACAGGUGUAAACAAAAUAAGCAGAGCAACAACCACACAACAACUACCGUAAUAUACUUUGAAACAGGCAGUCACCCAUUUAAUUAUUGAUAACAAACAACAACUGUUAAUUUUGCUAACAGCUUGAAUUUCCUGUUUCAUACGGAAUUUGUACAAAAUGGGGUUCACUUCAAAGGAAUCAUAUUUCUCUAACUUACAUUCGCCGACGAUAAACGUUGACAAAAUAUAGACAAAAGAUUUGAAACAAACUGGAUUGUACUCACAUCAAUAAAAUUACACAAAUGAAAUACGCCUAUGUGUUGUAGUGGUACAUUUAAAAUGAAUUGCUUCCUUUUUUGUUUUAAAACUCUUGAUAAUACUGAAUUGGAUUAUAUUUUAUUUUUCUUUGUAAGUAGAAGAACAGAAAUUCCUUUUAUUUUUUAAUGUAUGUAGGGAUAACUGAAAGAAAUCAAGUAGACGAGAUAAAUAAAGGAAAGAAUAUAUGAGUACGUGUGUAUGAAAGUUGUUCAUUUUCGAAGGUUGAUAGGAGUCGACAAAAAGUGAAAAUUUAAUGAAUGAUUUAUCAUAUACUGAGAUACGCGUAAAGUCUCCAGCAAUCGGAUCAGGCCCUCACUACUGUUAGCAGCCAAAAAAAAAAAAACAAUGUCUUCGUACGGCUUGCGAGCCGAUUUCAAACUACUAACUUUCGCCGUGUCGUUUUCUCGUUAACAACAACGAUCUGGAUGCUUGCAAGCAUCGCUGUUGGGAGCGACAUAAGAGAGUGCCAUAUUUCGAGUGCAUUUUGGAAACUUCAACCUAGUGGAAUCUGAUCUCUUCAAACAACUCGAAUCAGGAGCAAAAAGUUUGAACUAAAUCCAAGCAUAGGUAUUUCUUCUCAUAAUAGUCAUGUGAAAACGCACAUUUAGUUUGGAUAAACUACAUAUCCAACUUUAAGAAUCCUUUGAUUCGUUUCGUGGACGGUCAGUGAGGUGCCCCUUUUGAUUUUUUCUAGUUUCAAUUCGCGAGAAAGAAAUUCUCCCGAUUUGUAGAUGUAGAAAAAACCAAAUGCGAGAAAAUACAGAGAAUUGUGAAACGCGAUCAGACAAGCAAGUUUUAAUCUAAAUAAUAAGAACAGGAAACCCCUAACCGUAUGCUUUAAGAAUGUAAGUGAAAUUAAUUGAAGAAUCGAGGAAAUAAAACAAAGUAUAAAAAAACUGGACAAACACUAGAACAUCCUUACAGAGAUACCGAUAAUGCCGUAGGCAUUAAUCCAAGCAUGAAAGAUAAUAGUAUUUGCACGUUACUAUUUCAUACCAUACAUGAGCGUUGGGACAUUGUUUCCAAUAAGUAGAGUAUCCCUUCCAACACAGAAAUUUAAACAAAUCGGAUUGUCGACCGAAGAAGAUUCAUAGUUUUCCUUGUUGAGCAAAAAUUCAAAUAUCUUCUGUAUACCAACCUUCCUACAACAGGUUAGCACACAAAGCCCCGCAGCAGCGAAAAAAGCCCUAUUAUGCAGUGCUAAUAGGAGAAUUUAACAGAAAGAAGUCACACGAGUUUACGGAAUGUGUCACAACAGCGGAAAAUACACUAUAGAUUUUACUCUUAUGUAGAGAGCUGGGCAUUCGUUGCUUGAAACCAACUUACAAAAAUAACUAAAAAGAAAAGUCAAAUAAAAAGGACGAUAAUAACGAAACAAACAUUCAUUCCUUUGUGCAAACAAAUUAUUGAGCAACUAAUACGAAGAAGAAAAAGGGUCUGUUAAUAAAUGGCAAAAUCUGGAUUCUGAAGGAAGGCAUAAAUAAAAUUGAAAUGGGUAAAAAUAAA